AUGGCUCUGCCACGAUACCCGUCCUUUUCAUCCUCACGUCUCUCGACAGAAGGGCAGCUGCCCAUCUACCUCGUCCCGGAUGAAGGCGACACCAUGACCAUCAUCGACCAGCCCGACAUCAGGCACCAGGAGCCCGAGCCUGCCCCGAGCUCCCCUCCUCCUCCAAAACAUCCGAUCCCGUCUAUGCAGCAGGCGUUUAUCGAGUCUCUUGAGGAGGCAACACAAAGACCCCCACCACCAAAACAAAGGUUACGAACUGGUGAUGCUAAAGCGAGGCGAGCGGACUUACUAGAUGGAGCACGGGAUGACCCCGUGCCCACACAUCUUUGGAGACGGCGACCAGGCCAAACCACUCAUGAACUGUGUCGUCUCAUCGCCCAGAUCUCCUUCGGCGUGCACCUGAUGUUGCACGGUAUGGCCAAUAGCCAGAUAUCGGUUGUGUCGAUUCUGCAGGGCCACAUCGACGACGUGGAUGAGUUCAUCGAGACGACUCUCGAAGACAUGGACCUGGCUAUCAGAGACAUCAACGACCGCAUCGGGUACCUUAAAGUACCCAUGGACAACAUCCAUGUCUUUGAGACGAUGCUCGAAAACAAGCGCUACCGGAAACAGAUCACGGAUGGCAACCGCCAGAUCGAGCACAUCCUGGCCCGUACCCAGAUGGCCCUCAGGCAAACCACAGAGGACUUAACUGAAGGUCUGAAAGCCACCAGAGAGUUCACCAUCUACCUAGCCGAGCACCAGCACGGCAGCUGGCGUCGCGAGCGCCCGGAGGUGAUUGACGUGUUUGACGCGAUGAAGGGCAACACGGACGGCUGGUUCAACGCCUUUAUGGACCUGCAGUCCAAGGGGUCCUCCCUGAACGCUUUGAUUGUCAGGUUGUCGGACAUGGUUGCGGAGAUUGACCGCAGAGCACGCGAGGUGAGCUGCCGCACGACUCGGCAAAAGUCUAGGUCGCAGUCGGGUUCGCAAGGCCAGUUGCAGUUUCAGGCGCAGUCGCAGUCGCAGUCGGAAGUAAAGGAGAAGGAGAAAGAGCGAUCGGGUUCGAGUACGCCCCGGUCGCCGCAGCAUACGCCAAGGUCGUCGGACGCAUCGGUCUCGACACCGCCUUCGUCGCCGCCGCCGACGCAGAUUCCAAGCUCGCCUCCACGGCUGUCGUUGCGGUUGAGUGGGCUCGAUAGCUUGGAUUUCUCGCUCGCUGAGCAGCUGGCUGCUGUGCAGGAGGAGUCGGAACCGAAGGAAGAGCUUAAGGAUAAACAGAAGACGAAGACAAAGGAGGAGACGGAGGAGUCAAAAGAUGAGAAGCCAAAGGAUUCCAAAGAAUUCAAGGAGUCUAAGCCCGAACCAAAGGAGCAAUCCGAGGAAGCGAGGGAGUACACGGAGGGGUCGAAAGAGAAGAAAGCUGAUGCUGCUCCAGAAAUGGAGACCGAGGAAGAACCUAAGCCGGAGUCAAAACAGGAGCCCGAUUCUAAAAAGGAUUCCAAGAAGGAUCCCGGGUCGGAUAACGAGAAGCCGGCACCGCCGCCCCCGCCUGCACUCGAGGUGACCUCUAAAUCGCCGUCGCCCCCUCCCGAGUCGAUCGAAUCCUCAGCUGAGUCGUCCCCGCGUCUGACUCCUGCAUCGACGGCAGGAUCACCGGACUCGACUCCGAAGUCGCCACCGUCGCCGCCGGCUCGUAACCCACGUCGACUGUCCGAGAGGCCGCCGCCCCGUAAGGAGGCUCCCAAACUUGACGUGCCCAAGCCGGACGCCGUCAAGCCCGAGGAGGAUGAGAAGAGCCCGCUGUAUAUCUUACAGCCGAGGACGUACACGCCGCAGCCGCCGACCCCACAGCCUUCGCCGAGGAUUAUUCCCGAUUGUGAAAGGGAGAGGGAGAGGGAACGGGAGCGUGAGAGAGAAAGAGAAAGGGAACGCGAGAGAGAACGCGAGCGGGAGAGAGAACGAGAGAGGGAACGCGAACGCGAACGAGAGCGUGAGAGGGAGCGAGAGCUGCGUGAGAGAGAACGCCGUCAGCGACCCAGAGCUGCAACCCACGAUUCUGUACACACCAGGCAGGACUCUACUGGCUCAUCUGUCGCAUCUGCCGCCCAAAUAACCUUUGCUCAGGCGAGGCCCCACGUUGAGCAGAUUUUCGCCAAGCCGCAGAUCAUCAGGCCAAAGGUCGUUGAAAUCGGACCCCGUGUCGACUCCCGCUCUGGUUCCCGAAUGAGUCUUCGCCCAGAGUCCCGCACCUCUCGGCCCGACCCGGCCCAAGCCCCCGAGCUCGUCCCGAUCGAGCUGGCCUCUGGUGCCGACCACUUUCCCGAAGCCCAGCCCCGCCAGCAUCGGACGUCCCUUCGUCAGCGUGUCUCCCUGCGUACGACCCCGCCGAGUGCGAUCAAUGUGCCCUCGCCGCAUGCACCGGAGCUCGGACGACCGGGAUAUUCGAUCCAAAGGAACUUUACUCAGCCGAUCACCCUCCCCUCGCAGCAAGCUCAAGCCCCAGACUCAGCCUAUGGUUCAGAUCCCGACCUCGAACGCGACUUUGCCCCGCCGAACAUUUCGUUCGCCGCGCGCUAUCAAAAUGGCGGCGUCAUUCCCUCGCCACACUCCGAUCGCCAGUUUUUCCGCCCUGUGCCUGCCAGCCCUUAUUCAGCACUUCAGCAGGCCGCCAAUGCCUCUCCUCCCCAACGUCCUCACACCUCUGGCACCGUCGGCCCGCAUUCCUUCCCCGCUCCCCCAACCACACCAAGCUUCGCUCCCCCUCGACUUGGAGGUGUCCAGUCAGCCAUGGGCAUUCACCCGACUGGCGGCAACAGCCUGAUGAGCAACCCCAACCACUCUUCCUCCGCGUUGACGACUCACACCAUCGCCCAUUCGGGUGUCCCACGCCCACAACAGGGCAGUGGCGCGAGCAUCAGAACUGCUGCUCCCGGUGGUUCGGGGGCAAUCAAGAAGAAGAAGAGUGCCUUUGGCUGGCUGAAGAAGGCAUUGUCGCUUGACGAGGAGGAGAGGGCGGAGUUUGAGGCGAGGAGGAGGGCAACUAAUUUGGCGGCUGCGGGUGUCUAUGAUCCGGGGUAUAUGGAAAAGCCGGCGGAGCCGCUGUUUAUUGAUGGAAAGAGGGUUCGGCCUAGGGGGAGUACGCCUACACCGGGGGCGGGGAAUGUCCCUAGGUGA